CGCGCCAGAGCGAGCGCCGGGGCCGGGCGCGCAGGAGUGAAAAGGAGGCGGCGGCCGCGGCUGCGAGCAACAGAUCCAGACGCCGCGAGCAGACGCGUUCUGCUGUUGGGCGAUUUUUUUUUAAUUUCAAAAAUAUUAUUAAAUUAGAAAAUCUUGCAUUUUUAAAUGGCGCUGGCCCCAGGUCAGCGGGCGGUUUUCUCUGCUUCAAGAUGGGCUUUGCUGUUUCCGUCGUGGGCACCAGUGGUGGCCUGAUUGUCAGUCUUCUCCGGGCAUUUUUAAGACCAGGAGCCGAGCACUGCAUGUAGGCGAAUCACCCUGCAGGGCGGUUUGGCUUUUUAAAUUAUUGUUAUUAUUUGGGGCAGAGAACAGCCGAUCUUGGGCACUUCGUCCUCUUUGCAGAAGAGGCUGUGAGUCGGAGGUGGGUCGCUUGGAGGGUGGAAUUGCUCGCGGGUGAGCGAGCCCCGGCCCCGCGCACAGCCCAGGCGGCCCCGAGUGUGUGUCCUCUCCCUGCCGGCGCCGGGAAAAUGGAGGCUGUGAUUGAGAAGGAAUGCAGCGCGCUCGGAGGCCUCUUCCAGACCAUCAUCAGCGACAUGAAGGGGAGCUAUCCAGUGUGGGAAGAUUUCAUAAACAAAGCAGGAAAGCUACAGUCCCAGCUUCGGACCACAGUAGUAGCAGCAGCUGCCUUCUUGGACGCCUUUCAGAAAGUGGCUGACAUGGCGACCAACACACGUGAAGCUGGGCCCGACAGACCGGCUUUUCAGCCCUCCCUGGCCACCUGCACGCUGGAGACCCCACCAUGGCCGGUGCAUUAG